AUGUUAUGGUUUUCAAUUGCCAAAUUAAUUUUUGCCAUGACUCUUUCUGUGGCGACCGCCCGUGUCGAGCUUCAGCAACUUGUUCCUUCUGUCUCUCCAGCUGUGGGUGUUGUUACCAUCUGCGGUGGCGGUAAUGGCGCACACGUGGCAGCCGUCUACUUGGCUUUCAAAGGCGUACGUGUGCAAGUGCUAACGCGCCAGCCGCAACGCUGGUCUCAGACGCUGGAGCUCAGCACGACCGGCAGCAGUUGGGAGUUCAAAGGCAUCUUAACAGGUCACCUGAGUCUUGUUUCCAAGCACGCUAAGCACGUUAUCCCGCAGUCGGACGUGGUCAUCGUGGCUGCACCCGCAAACGCUCACCCGGCCAUCCUUGAGCACGUGGCGCCGUACCUCAAAAAGGGGGUCAAACUGGGCGCGCUCUUUGCCCAAGGUGGCUUUGACUGGGCCUCUAGGAAAGCGCUUGGAGAAGAAAAGCUAGCUAUUGUGGACUUGCUGUUUGGUCUGCAAAACAUCCCAUGGAUCUGCAAGUCGACAAAAUACGGCCAUAAGUGUCGUAUCAUUGGCCCAAAGCAGUGCUUAUAUGUGGCCUGCUACCCUGUUGAGCGCAAGGAUGAAGCCGCGACGUUAAUGCAAACGCUAUUUGAUAUUCCUUGCAAGACAGUUGCCAACUUUUUGAAUCUGACUCUUACACCAUCUAACCAGAUCAUCCAUCCGGCUCGCUAUUACGCGAUAUUCCGUGACUGGGAUGGUAAGAAGACUUACACGCUCGAGGAGCUUGAGAAGCGCAACGGCCUCACACUUUAUGCGGACUUUGACGAGUUCUCUGCGGAGCAGCUGACAAUGCUAGACAACGAGUUGCAGCAAGUUAAGUCUGCUUUACUACAUCGUUUUCCGGCGCUCGACCUUUCGGACGUGCUGCCUAUGGGAGACCGUGUGGUCAAGCACUACGGCAAGGAUGUGUCCGAUCGUUCGUCGCUGUUGCAGAUUUUUCGCACAAACCUGAGCUAUGCUGGCUGUUCGACGCCGCUGAUGGAGGUUUCGAAGGGUCAGUUUCAUCCUGCAAUUCAUUCGCGUCUGUUCUGGGAGGAUAUUCCAUACGGCCUAUGCAUCCUCAAGAACAUGGCGGAGAUGCUAGGCAACUUUCCCACGCCUCGAAUUGACUUCAUGAUCCGCUGGCACCAACAGCAUAUGGGUGUGGAAUUUCUGAAUCCUGACGGUCAACUGAACGCCCGUGAGCUGUGGCGUACUGGAGCGCCAAACAAAUACGGUAUUCACAGCCUUGAAGAUCUAGUUUCAACAUCGUUGCCUAAGGAAAUGCGCAAUUACCGUCACCCGCGAUCGCGUAUAUAG